UUUUAACAACUUCAGUGCAAGCCUUCUAUAUGUAUGCUAUUCUUCAAGGAUAUUUUGGCGAAAUACAAAUGGCAUGCUUCUAUUAUCCUUCCGUCGGCAAGCUAAAAGACUAAAACAUGGCAGUUGUUGUUUUUUGUGUUUAAAAGGAUGAAAGCAUUUGAAGUUUAAGAUGAGUGUAAUUUCGUAUUAAUGAAAGUAAUAAAUAUGUCCAUCAGCAUUUAAAAUGGAAGUCAGCAUGUGGUUUAUCAACAUUUUUUAUUCAUUUCAGUUAUCAUUCUUUAGUUGACGUUUUUUAAGGGAAACGCCUUCUUUUUGUUAACAGGUGAAACAGAGUUUGUGUAUGUUUUGUAAAAUAUCAUGGAACCACCCAAAGUAACUGGUCUUUCUCCAAAAGAAGGAGAACCAGGAACCAAAAUAACUAUUCGAGGAGAAAACCUUGGAACUUCUCAGCGAGAUUUGCUAAGUCUUACAAUAUGUGGUGUAGAAUGUUUAAUGUAUGCAGAAUGGCAUUCUCCAAGUAAAAUUGUUGCCAGAUGUGGAGCUGUUAGAGUGCCACAGUAUGGGGAUGUUAUAGUGACAACAAAAUCCGGUGGUAGAGGAUCUUGCACUGUUCAAUUUAAAGUUUUAGUUAGAUGCAUUGGUCUAACAGAUGAAUCUGCCAUAUGGGUGGAUGAAUCUUGGUUUGGUAAGAAUAGACCAACUUCACCUUCUCAAUUAUACCCAGAUGAUCCUUUGAGACUCUCAGAUGAAUCCAGUGUGGAAAGAUUCCCAAUUGAUGAAUUACAAGAAUUGUUUCCAGAUGGAAGUGGGGACAUUCUAUUUCAAAAUUUUGAACCUACUUGGUAUCUUUUAGAAAACCAUCAUGGGGCUCGCUUUGAUGACUUAAAAACUGGACUUGCUUUCUUGAGAAGGAAGGUUAUGACACAUGAUGAAGGGCCAUUAGCUUUUAUGAAAUCUAACGUCAGUUCUAUCAUGUCAUGUUUAGAAGCUCUGGAAACAUUAAAGUCAACACUGGAGAAGGAUGUGCAGGCUCUUGAUGUUGAUUUGGCUUUUCCUGCAGAGCAAGCUAUACAAAAAUCAAAAGAAGAAGCAUUUGAGCUAUUCCAAGAAAUGCUUACUAGAAAAGAAAAAGCAGAUUCCACUCGAAAUGCUCUUAGUGUUUUGCAGAGAUUUCGGUUUCUGUUUAAUCUGCCUGCCAAUAUUGAAAAGAAUAUUCGAAAAGGAGAUUAUGAAAUAGUUAUAAAUGACUAUGCAAGAGCCAAAUCUUUAUUCCAUGAUACUGAAGUUGCAGUUUUUAAAAGAGUAUAUCAAGAAGUUGAGCAAAGGAUUGAGCAAUUUCGUGAUAUGCUAUUGGAGAAGUUAAAAGAACAGCCAUCCACUGUUGAAGAACAAAAGCGCUUAGUAAAAUUCUUGGUUAAUUUAGAGACUCCAUCAGAUCCAGCAUGGCAGUGUGUUUGCCAUAAUAAAACUUGGCUAUUGAAUGUACUGAAUAAGACUAAGGAUAAACAUAUAGCUCUUGCUUCCUCAAUGGCUGAAAACAGAGAAAAUCUGACAAACCUUUCUCAGACUGAUAUGCCUCAAGUAGUUAAAUUUAUUGUAGAUAUUACAGAUCAGUUCACUGAACAUUUCCCAAACCUCUGGAAAUUAGGACAAGCUUAUCUUGGAGGGCAGCUACAUAUAAGAGAGAGCACAGAUAAUGCUGAUAAGCUUGGAAUUCCAAAAAAUAUUCAAUUUAAAAACAUGAUUGUAGAAGUAACCAAGAAAUUAUGUUCUUUGAUACGUAUGGCUAUACUGCCGGAUACGUUGCAUGCUUUGUCUGUUCAUCAACUUCAGAUUUUAGGUACCUGGCCCAAAUCAGAAAAUUUAACUCCUUGGCUACCAUAUUGUUUGAGAAGCAUCAGAAAUUGCUAUUCUGGAAUUUUAAAACUUGACCUUCCUGAAGAUAUGAUGAUUGCUAUACAGCAAUUAAUAUUUGACCUUAAAGUUCACGCAAUGAAGACAUUAUUUUCUCAAGCAGCGCAAGACAUCCAGCAUUUGGAUGAGCGUGAAACAUGGGUUGUAGAAAUAGACGAUAACAAUGGAGGUACUACCCAACUACCUUUAUUGUUUGAAAACAGAGUUGUGGAAACACUGCAGCUUGUUCGAGAGACUGUUUUACAAUGUGGACCUAAAGAAUCUGAUAUAUUUCUGCAAAUAAAUGUGCAAGCUGCUGUGAAGCAGUCUUCUCAGAGUCUUUUACAAGCUUUUGCUAGUUCAUUGGAGAAAAUGGCCCAGGCAACAAAAGCUAAUGACAAGUUAAAUAAGCAAAUUUCACCCAGAAUAAGUUCUAUGAACCAGUCCAUGUUUAUGGAUGAAGAAACAGAUAUCCCAUCUGAUGAUGCAAAGUGUCUUAUUAUUUUGAGUAACUGCAAUUAUACAAUUAAAAGUAUCAUACCAAGGCUACAAGACAGUUUUAUCAAGUAUGGCUAUCCUGACAUGCAGCUUGUCAUUAAGAGUAGUCAAGCUCGAUUUCGAGAAGUCCGUGAUAAACUUCUUAAUUCAUACGUUGAAAGAAAAUGUGAUCCUAUAGUUGGAGCAAUUGAACCAAGAAUGUAUGCUGGUUGUUUCAGCUGGGAAUCAGAUUACAAACCUACAGGUGUCAGUGUAUAUAUAAAGCAAACAAUAAUGGAUAUGAUAGAGAUACAUGCAGAGGUAUUUGCAGUUUCACCUCCAUUUGUCAGCAAAGUGCUUACCAGAGUUGUAGAAGCAGUUGUUGAGGAAUUAGCUAGAUUAUAUGAAUGUAUUGAUAGUUAUGAAGGAAAUUCUAAUAUUCAGGCAACAUUGAAUAUCAGAGCCCUAGAAGAUGCAAUGUCUGCUUAUAAAACAACUAAUACUAGUAAAUACUUCAUGAUGUGCCGUGGGAAAUUAAAGCCAUUUCCAAAUCCCAAAGAUGCAGAGUUAGUGAAUGAACUUCUGAGAGCAUUUAAAAAUCAAAUAUGGUUACAGUUGCAGUGCUUCAAAGAAGAAGGCCUUAUUACUGUAUAGCAAAAUUUGAGUACUGAAAAUUUCAUUUAAAAUAGCAGUAAUACAUACAUUUGUUACAGUGCAAUAAAUAGUUCAUGUGAAUUAGAUAA